AUUUCAGCAUUUUUUGAAACUGUUUGGAGAGUUUUGAAGAACAAGACCCUACUGUUCAACAUCUUCUCAUUUGUCCUGAUACAAUCAGCUCUGAUCAACUUCAGAUUAUUGGAGAAGUACUUCAAUCAGUCCAAAUACCACAUGUCUAUGGAAAAAGAUACUUCAGGUUACACCGAACCAGAUUUGAUUCAGUUCACUUCAAACAUGUUGGUCCAACCACUCUUCGCCAUCUUUCUAGUGAUAUCAGGAAUAAUAAUUUCGAAAGCAAGACCGAGAGCAAAACACCUCAUCAUUUGGAACAUUUUGACUUUCAUGUUGAUGGCAAUAAUUUUUGCAAGUUCCGUAUUCUGGACCUGUACGAAGGGCAUCCAAAACGAACUCGAACACGUUAUAUCGGUUCCAUUUUGUAGCAGCAUGUGUGCAUGUACAGUCGGAGAACCUUUCCAACCUGUUUGUGUCGAUGGAAAAACGUAUUUUUCCCCUUGUUUAGCUGGAUGCACGAAUUUUACACCAGCGACCAACCUCUUUCACGACUGUUCCUGUGGCACACCAGUAAUCGAAGGUUCUUGCGAUGAUGAUAGCUGUAGAAUUUCACGGGCGAUAGGACAGGCCCUUGGCAUUUUGUCCAAUGUUCUGUUAGCCACUACCCUUGUAUCACAUAUCGUUAUAAAUAUCAGAAGUGUUUUCGAAAAAGAUAAAUCGAUGGCUCUUGGAUUGGCUCUUAUGAAUCUGCAGCUAAUUUCAUAUGUUCCCGUUAGAUUCAUCUAUUUGAACAUCGUAGAUUUCUUUUGCGAAAUAAAAAGCGGACAGAGCUGCCAAUACUUCUCAGAACACUUUCCAAUGUUCCUCUCAAUAAUUACGAUUGUGAUGAUUAUCUUAGCAGUAACUCUUAGUACUAUCCUCCUGUUCUUCCUCAAUGAUAUUCAACUCUUUACCGCCAAGCGUUAUGACAGCAGCGCUGAUUUUGAAGUAAACCCUAGAAUUACUGAAAUGCGCGCUCCCAGAGACCCCACAUACCCUUCUGCAUCCAAUGGCGUAGAAACUAUCAAGAAUCUCUCGACAAACGAGGAAUCGCCUUGUAUUCGUCAACAAAUAGGUCGCGUCGCACAUAGGCAUAAUGUUCAACAUGUCGGUUCUGAAAAAAUGGACGACGAAGUGAAUAAUGAAGUUGGAAUAGUACCACCUCUACCUCCACCAAAGAAACCUAGUUCGAAAUCUAGCUCCAGAAAAAACUCAAAAACGUCCAACAAAUCUUCGGAUGUGUCGAUCAGUACAUCUUUAGAAGAAAUUGCUGACCAAUUGGGAGAUCCUGGCUCAGACUCUGAUUCCACCCUAUGCCCCCCAGAACAAAAUAAAAUGGAAAACACCAGCAAUGAAACUGACUCCAAAGAAAUAGUUAUUCCCAACAGUUUCUCAAUUUUUAGGAAGUCAAAGUUCACGAAGGUUUGCGAAACUGAAUUAUGAAUACUUUGACACAAUGGUAGAUAUUCAUUAUAUUCAGUUAUAUUCAUCAUAUUUAGGUUUUCUUGUAAAACUUUAGUGUCAAACCAUCAGUUGCCCUUGUUUAUGAACAAUUUGUUAUCUGAACAUGGUGAUGAUGCUCUCUAAUUUUUGAUUACAGCAUGUAAGCAUGGGAAAGAAGCGUUAUCCAGAAUAAUUUGAAAGAUAUUUUUAUGAAGAAAUGAAUGUUUCUUGAGAUUUUACAGUUUUCGUAACUCAAAUGAUAAUUACGGAAAAACAGGACAUACCAUAAUCCUGAUCUAUAGAUAUACAAAAUUGAAAAUGAGGUUGACGUUUGGAACACUUCUAUAAACCUUUUUGUGAAGUAUUCACACAUUUUCAAUUGGACGAGAGAAUAUACGUAACUUUUUUGCUUUUUUUUUUAAUAUUUCCAAUGAAACAGAAUGAUACAAUCAAAAAAUCUCAAGAAAUAACAAUUCAUUUGUGUAUAUUACCUUAACUAUAAUUUAUUUUUCGAAAAAGUGUUUUGAAAGUACAAAUCUCAAAGGAAAGUUGAACCACUUAUUUAUUCUUGUUCUCAACGAAUUUAGUAUAUAGUAGUACAAUUGUGAUAUCUUUUUGUAUUUUUAUAGUCCUCUAAUAAUUAUGUGAUUUUAUAUUUCAGGCAUUGAAUUUAGAUUAUAUUUAUUACAUCCAUUGUUUUAGAUAUGUGAAAAAAAUAAAGACAAAUAUACCUACCAUAGAUUCACCUCAA